AUGAAAGUUAUUUAAAGAUUUGUAGUGAUGCUAUAUUAGAUCAACGGACUAGGAUUUUCUAUUUAUUACUAUUCAACAAGUUCAGAAAAUAGCAAUUUGGCCUAUUUGAUUCUACAAUCUAUUCUUGGCUUGAUCCUGUUAUAUAUUUAAACCAAAAAUCAGAGAAUCUAAUAUAUAGGAAAUAUUAUAAUAAUUCAAUUUAGUCUUUUUUGGUAAGUCAUAACGAAUCAGAGGAAUAUUUAAUAUAACAGUGAGGCCUAGGUAAUAAUAGCUCAUUUUUUAACAACCUAAUUAUUCCAGGAUUUUAGGAGAUUUCAAGAGUAAUAAGUUCAAAUAAGGUAUCGACUAAUUUGGUUCCUAUUACUACUACAGUCUACUUUUUUUUAAAUUCUUUACAUUUCCCAAACUUCUGAAAUAGACUUAUGUUACUGUUAAGGAAUUAUUUGCCUAUUACUUUCAUUUGUAAUUAAUUACACAAUUAGUAUAAGAAAGCCAACAAUGAUGUAAAGUAAAGCAAAUGAGUCAUUCUAGCACAUAAAUUGUACUCAAAUGAUCAAAAGAAAAGAGAGAGCGUUAUCAUUGGCUGAAUCAGAAAAGAUAUCGCCAAAAAGUAAUUAAUCUCCACGUUUUCAAUUGAUCCCAGAGUUAUCCUUUAUUGAUUAGUUCUUAAAUUCGAAUAUAUUAGAUGUAAAGCUGUAAUAUUCCCAUGAAGGUUUGCUUGGGCUGCGAUUGAAGUAAAAUAACAAUUAGGAUAUGGAAAUCGUUUAUUCUAAUAUAGCUUCAAGGGCAUUAUUAUCUGUGAAUUCAUAGAAAGAAAUAGUAGAAGUUCUAAAUUCCUUUACUAAUUUAAAUUAUAUAUACCAUCAAAAUCAUGAUGAUUACGAACUUCAUUUGAAACAUUCAAAACAAUUGUAUACUAAAAGUAUGGCUUUUCUUAAGAGUGACCACAUAAAUCAAUCACCUCAUAACCAAGAAGUGAUAUACUUGUUCUAAACACAUUCAGAUAAAAAUUAAGCCCCUAAUCUUAAAGACAUAUUUGAUAAAUUCAAAUCUGAUUCUUUUAAUGAAUCUUUUAUCAUUCAUGUCUUGUUCCCCAUUAAUAGUGUUACCAUGUCUUAAAGUGAAAAGCAAGUUGAAAAGUUGUUGGAAUUAACACUCAUCAAAAAACAUGUGAAUUUGUAUUUCAUGCUGAUUAGAGAUAUUACGCAUAAACAGAAAAUUAGAUAUUUGAAAGAAUACGAUAUGCAGAAAUCUAAAAUGCUCUCGUAUGUCAGUCAUGAGUAUAGAUCACCUCUAAAUUGUAUAAUCUAAAUGAUAGAAGAUGCACUUCAUUCUAAUUAAUUGUCAAAUGAUUUGAUUGAAAUCUUGUAGGCUGCUUUGGAUAACUCAAACUAUAUUUUGAAUCUAUCUAAUGAUCUGCUAGAUUUGGCAUAAAUCAAAAAUGGUAAAUUUGCUAUUUAGAGAUCAAAAUUCAAUUUGAUCUAAUUAAUAAAGGAAGUAUUAAAGUUAUUUGAAUUGAAAGCUAAAAUAACAAACAUCAAUUUAUCCUUGUCAUUUGAUAAUACACUCUCCUCUGUUAUUGUUUCUGACAGAAAUAGAAUCAAAUAAAUCUUAGUUAAUUUGGUUAGCAAUAGUUUUAAAUUUGCCUCCAGCAAAAUAAUCAUCUCAGUUACUUCCAUCAAUUCUACCUCAUUAAGAAUUGGAGUUCAAGAUGAUGGCAUAGGAAUUUCUGAAGAAGAUUAAAAAAAGUUAUUUAAAUCAUUUUCUAAGGUCAAUUCGGAAGAAAGCGCCAAACGCAAUGAACAAGGUGUAGGACUUGGUUUAGUAAUCAGCAAUUAAAUAGCCAUAUCCAUUGGUUGUGGAGGUCUAUAAAUAGAUUCUAAGCAAAAUCAAGGGACUUAUUUUUAUUUUGAUUUGCAUAUUCAAACCACCAGAUUAAAGAAAGUCUCCAGCUUUAGGAUUAAGGAGAUCUCUGCAUCGUUUUAAGAAGUUGAUGAAGGACAAACGUUUCAUGCUGAAGACAAUAUGAAAAUUGAUAUAGAACCCCCGCUUUUAAGAUGUAAACACAUGUUACUAGUUGAUGAUGAAGUCUUUAAUAUUUUUACUUUUACAAAGAUAUUAAACAAAAAAAAUAUAACAGAUAUUGACUCUGCUUCUAAUGGCAAUGAGUGUAUCUAAAAGGUUAAAAACAAGAAGUGUUCAACUUUCUGUACAGGAUACAGAAUCAUUUUUAUGGAUCUCGAGAUGCCAAUUUUAAAUGGUUUAAAUGCCGCUAAAUAAUUACUGCAAUUAAAUCCUAAUCAAACUAUUGUUGCCUGUUCUGGUUAUAUUGACAAUUUUGAAAAAGAGAACUGUUUGAAAAUUGGAAUGAUUGAUUAUUUAGUGAAGCCAAUUAGAGAUCAGGAGCUCACUUUUGUUCUCAAUGCCUAUUAUUUUUGA